AUGCAUGUCCGCUGUGGAGGAGUGACGCUGGUCUUGACAAGGCAGACGCUGCACGACAGAGGUGGAGUUACCAUGACGCUGGAGAGGAGACAAGAAGCGGCGGAAAGCAAACUGUAUGGAUUAGAAAUGGGAGAAAUGGGACGAUCCCGGUUUACAAGGGACAGAUACAGAGGAAUGCAGCAUGCACUUAAGCGUGCAGUAGCGGUGCAUUCCGAAGGACGACCGAAGAGGCAACUGCCCAGCGGCCGCAGACGCAAGAGAAGGAUCAAUGGAAGAAGAGAAGAACAAAAGCAGGGAAAGAGCGACGAGCAAGGCGAAAAUGGCAGUGGGUGCAUAGGAGGAAAGUGUGGAAACGAGCAGGGAACAGAAAGGGCCAGGUUGCUAGGCGGACAGGGGCCAACCGCGUUUUGGGUUUGGGCUGCCGGACGAGGCGCGUCGAGAUGCCUUGGGGGCGGGCCCCUGCGCUGUAACUGUGCAGGCCUGUCAGUGCGCCGGGUGAAGAAAGUGCGACGGGUGGGACGAAAACGCGACACGAAAUGGAAAGAGCGGUUCCGUCUGCGAUAUGUCGAUUUUUUUUCCCCCCCGCAAAAACCCAGUCUGCACAACGAGUGUACGGAGUACUCUCGCGUCCUCUUACGACUCCAUCUUAAAAUGGACAGACCGAGUUGA